UUCAGCAAAACGCUCCUCCGCAAGGAGACGAUGUCUGCCAUAGCUGUCGUGGUAUCAGCAGGGCAUAUCCUCCUUUAUAUCCAGCUCUUCCGUGAUUCGCUCUUCCCCCGAGCUUUCCCAAACACGAGAGCAGAAGGAAGAAGAGGCAGAACCCGCUCCUGCCAUUAAUGUCCGCAAUAACAGUAAUAAUUGCCAUGUCUUCCUCUCUCCCCUUUCUUCUCUCACCCCUUUCACGCUCCUGCCUCCAAUUCCUUUAUUUUUGAUCCGACAGAGGUGAUCGGCGUGGAGGUGCAGUCAUAACUCGUUAUCCGGGACACGAGAUUCUCAUUGCGGGAUUUGAAGUGGGAAAGCAAGAAUUAUUUGGCACAGUUUGGGAAUCAUUCCCCAGGCGAAAUUCUGAUACUCACCAACAGGUCCAUUUGGAGAGAAGCGUCCAUGGCUUCCACCGCCAUCCUUCUCUGAUUCGAUUCCCAUGUGCAAUUUAGGAGCUGAGGGUUCUCUUCCAGAAGAAUUCCUUUGCUCCUCCGGGGCUGUUGCCGGCUCCAUGGACUCCCCUGCCGCUCCAUCUCCGGGUUCCGGCGAUGAGCGCGGCUCCCGUGCCAAGUUCCUCUGCAGCUUUGGCGGCUGUAGACUCCCUCGCCCGCUUGACGGUAAACUACGUUACGUUGGGGGCGAGACUCGAAUUGUUACCGUCCCCCUCGACGUCUCCUACGAGGACCUCCUGGCUCGGAUGCGUGAGAUAUUUGAAGAGACGUCCGUGAUAAAGUAUCAACAGCCGGAGGAGGAUCUCGAUGCAUUGGUCUCUGUGGUGAAUGAUGACGAUGUGAUGAACAUGAUGGAAGAAUACGAGAAGCUCAGUACCACCGGGGAUGGACUGACUCGCCUCAGAAUCUUUCUGUUCUCUCAGUUUCCCGACGCAGACGAAGCUAUCGCUGCCGCCCAUUUGGAUGCUGAUGAAAGGGAGACGGAGAGGAGGUAUGUGGAUGCCCUCAAUAGCUUGACCGAUGUAAAAUCUCUAUCGCAAAUGGAUUUUGCCGACCAGUUCUUGAGCCAUUGCUCGCACUAUCAUUCUCAUGGGCAGAAAUACGGGGAAGUAGAUACCCCAUGGAGCCCUGCAUACUUCUCUCCUGCGUAUUAUGGGGAUCACAGAGAAUACCCGUGCUCACCAUCAUCUGUAAGAUACCAUCACUUUGGAAUUGGGGAAUUCACUGAUCAUAGUGCAAUCCAAAUCGAGCAUCAGUCUACUCCAGCAAUGGAGAAUAUGAUCUGGCUGCCCCCUGGAACCAAUGUUCAAGAGAAAUCUGGCUUUCCUAUUCAUCUCGGUUAUCCCCAGAACACCUAUGAGGGAAAUGCCACGUGUGAGCAUAGCCACAUGGUUCUUAAGAGAGGGCAAACACCUAUGCCAAAUUCAUGGUUUCCUGAUUCUCGAUUUAUGCAUGGUCAGCAUCAGUUCGAUCAGUACAAUGCAUGUGCUGAUUGCUACCAUGGCAGAGACCCUUAUAUUUUGAACCACGACAGGAGAGUGGACCAUGGAGUCUUUAUAGAGGACUCUCAAAGGCAUGAUGGGAACUGGAUUCUUCACCCUCAUCACAAUAAUCUGAGGAUGGAUGAUCCACGAGUUCACUUACCCAAACCUGGAAGAGUAGGGGAGCACUAUACUGUUGAUGUGAAUGCUGUCAAUUCUCCUUAUGGACAUGGAAAUUUUUAUGAAGCAAAUGAAGUGGAUCAGGCUCAACAAACAGAUAGAGCUAUUCCUCAUAUGCAUGUUGAUGGUUUUGAAGACAAUGGAGUCUGCUAUGGCAACUAUCCUUCUGUUUAUGGAGAGGAUAACUUCUACCAGCUUCAGCAUAAUUUGCCUCCACUUCUUAUACAGAGAAAAGUGCAAGUUCCACCAGGUCCUGGAGCUUCUUAUGAGUUGCCUGGAUUGAUGGCGUCAAAUGGUACAAUGAGCUCGGGCCCUGUGCAUGGUUAUCAGGAUACACACCCUAAUAUUACAGGCCUUGGGAUGGAUGUUAAAGCUCAGAGUUCUUGGGCUGUACGAAAUGGACAUUUUUUACAGAAACCUGCUGCAUCAGCCUCUCAUAAUGAGCAUGGUUUUAGAGAAAAUAGUAAUGUAAUUCCAACUGAUGCUACUUAUGAUGCAUGCCUAUCAAUUCCGGCUUCAAUCAUGCCUAAUGGAUACCAAAUUACACCCACUUAUGUGCCCAAAGAUGGCAAUGUUGAGAUUUUGGAGAAUGAUGGAGCUUUGGCAAAAUUGGUUGAGAAGAAUUCUGAUACUGCUGAAGUUGGUGACUCUGAUGCUAAGGCUACCAUUGUAAAUGCUAAUGCUGAUGCCAGAGUAGAAAGUUUAGAAUUAUUACCCGAGUUGAUUGCUUCUGCCAAGAGAGUGGCAGUAGAAGGUGCUGAAGUGGUAAAGGCUGUGGCUGAAAGAGACACUGCUGAUGUUUUAACUGUUGAAAAUGCUGAGGAACCUCCUUUGAGUGAGCUAGAGCAAGGGAAUGUGCAUGCUGAAGGGGCAGUUGAAUCUGAUGAAGAUGAUGAAACCAAGAUUUUUCCAAGAAUCGAACCUACAGCAGCGGAAACUGAAGCGUUGGCUAAAGGGUUACAGACUAUUCAAAAUGACGACUUAGAAGAAAUCAAACAGUUGGGUUCAGGUACUUACGGAGCAGUGUACCAUAGCAAAUGGAGAGGCUCUGAUGUGGCUGUAAAAAGAAUAAAAGCAAGCUGUUUUGCUGGGAAGCCAUCUGAAAGAGAACGUUUGAUUGCUGAUUUCUGGAGGGAAGCUUUGAUACUGAGCUCACUACAUCAUCCCAAUGUUGUAUCUUUUUAUGGUGUGGUUCGUGAUGGUCCUGAUGGAAGCCUAGCAACAGCGACAGAAUUCAUGGUGAACGGCUCUCUUAAGCAGUUUCUUCAUAAGAAAGAUAGAACCAUUGAUCGGCGGAAAAGACUGAUUAUAGCUAUGGAUGUUGCAUUUGGCAUGGAAUAUUUGCAUGGAAAGAAUAUAGUUCAUUUUGAUCUGAAGUGUGAAAAUUUGUUGGUGAACAUGAGAGAUCCACAUCGUCCUAUUUGUAAGAUUGGUGAUCUGGGGCUGUCUAAGGUGAAGCAACAUACUUUGGUGUCUGGAGGCGUUCGAGGAACUUUGCCAUGGAUGGCUCCGGAACUUUUAAGUGGAAAGACUAGUAUGGUAUCUGAAAAGAUUGACGUUUAUUCGUUUGGUAUAGUCAUGUGGGAGCUGCUCACUGGUGAAGAGCCUUACUCGGAUAGGCAUUGCGCAUCUAUAAUCGGAGGAAUCGUGAACUGCACUCUGCGUCCUGAGAUCCCAAGCUGGUGUGAUCCUGAAUGGAAAUCAUUGAUGGAAAACUGCUGGUCUUCCGGUCCGUCCUUCUCCGAAAUCUCUCAGAGGUUAAGAAAAAUGGCAGCUGCAGCUAAUGUGAAGUGAACUUAACCUCCUUCCACACCCACUUACUUCCAGAAAAUGUUGGAAGAAAAACUAUAAAGGCUGAAAUUACUGUUAUAUAAAAAUGUAAAUAACUUAUUUUGUUUUUCUUGCUUGGUGAUGUCUUGGCUCAGGCAUCUGUGGAUCCGAUAUAGUUAUUGCGUACAUGAUUAUAUUUGUUCAUGUAAUGCAUAAACUAUGCCCCUCAUAUCGGUGUAAAUGAAAAUGCCAUUGCAGCUACGAAGAUGUUAAUAUGUUAAGAGAUGAGGGGACUUAGAGGUAAAUAUCUAUGCAUGAUGUUCUGGAGAAAUAUCUUCUUAGAGGCACAUUAAAUUUUCAUUCUGCCGUGUAAAUAUUUAUUUAUUUUUGCUUCAAUUUUUUUAAAGUCGAGCCGUGAUAAACCGUAGCACUAUAAUUUUUUUUCUACACACACAUAUGUAUGCAUAUGCAUACAUAUAUGUAUGUAUGUAUAUGUAUACAUUGGGUUUCUUUGGUCAUAUGAUGCCUGGAAGAAUUAGAAGAUUUCUGGAACUUAAUUAUCAUUUGUGCUGAUUGAAUAAUUAGGAUUAAAUUUGAUUGUAAUAAUAUUCUGCCACAAUC